AUGCAAUUCUUGUCCUGCUUCACGUGGGCCCACGUCAUCCAAAACGCCCACACAACGUCUAGCAUGAGCUCGAUCCGCCGAUCAGAAAUUCGCCAUGUCCCAGAUUUUAAGAUUGACAAAGUGCAACUCGAAGCCGUUCGGGACUUUUGUGACAAAUUGAGUGAGAAGCUUUCGGUUGAUUUUGAUCCUCCGAGUGGUAGUCAAAUACAAGGUGCCAACAACAGGGAAGAAAGAUUGGGAGAUGACGUUGGCCAGGCUGAUGUCCAGGAAAGAGAAGACCUGGAAACUUCUGGAAUAUAUGUUGAUGACAACGGAGCAUUCGCAAUUGCCAUUGAGACCCCAGCUAUUCCAUGGGAAAAGAAAAAUCCCCGUUCUCGUGCCGGUGAUCGGGGCUCCACCAUUGGAGAUAAAACUGGAGAACAACUCUUGCGAGGACGCAAAUAUCUCGGGAGUCCGCCCAAAGGCAAGGGAUUAUUUGUUGUGACAGUUCAUUCAUGCACUGAGCUUUCUCUUCCCAUUGAGGAGCCUUUAAGUGAAGCUAUUGUUAAAGCCGAUAUCAAGCCACCCGGUCACCGACAUCCACACGUACGGGCUCGAGAAAUGCUCCUGACAGAUUCUGGAUCCCGGUUAGCUUUUUGCAUCACGUACACAAGGGGUGGCAUGAAAAAGUCAUCAUAUGUGACUUCGAAAUUGACCAGAGCUGCCUACAGGGCAAACUCGUUCGUUCACUGGAUGGAGGGGGAAGAUGUUGCGGAAUUAUCACAAGGCCCAGACAGUUUGUUGUUGUGA